AUGAAAUUCCUUCUUAUUGCAUCCUGCCUCGUCCUUUAUGUGGCUCUCACCCAAGCCCAAGAGAAUUGCACGGGACGUCCCAGCAACCAGGACUGCGAUGGAGGCAGGAAUCAGGGAGUUUCCCAGGCGCCUCAGUGUACUCCACAACCGAAUCCCAAUAUGUGGUACUACAAGCGUGAUACUAGGGAGUGCCUAAAGAUGACUUUCAACGGCUGCUUCGGCAACAGCAAUCGGUAUUGCUCCAAGGAACACUGUCUGAGGUCCUGCAACCGCCCCAACUAG